AAGAUAUGGCAGUACAACGUUCUUCGAAAGCAAGUUGACAACAAUGGAUAUUUUAAGAGAUUUAUUUCGUGUCUGUGAAUUUCCUUGGAUUAAAGUGCAACAUGAAUCAUAAUUAGUUAAUAAUUAUGUUGUUUGAUCAUUUUUUGAUUGCGAAGAGAGUUACUAACUUUAGAGAGAGAAAACGUUAAUUGACAGCUGAGAGCGAGUGGGUGGGGAAAAGUGUAAAUGCAGUGGAAUUAAUAAAUUACUACGGAUUUACCUUCGAUCUGUUACAUAACAUAAUGGAAAGUACUAUUGAUAAAGAGAUAGGCGUCUUUGGUGGCCUUUUCAUUAGCAUCGUCUCAGAAAUGAGAGGCAGUGCCCCAGUAUGGGAAGAUUUCACCACCAAAGCCACCAAACUUCACACCUCUCUCAAGGGAACCUUGGUUGCAAUUUCAGCGUUUCUGGAUGCUUUCCAGAAGAUUGCGGACUUGGCCACAGGGUCUCGAGGUGCAACAAAGGAGCUGGGGACGGCCCUCACUAGACUGUGUAUGCGCCACAAGGCCAUAGAGACAAAACUUAAGAAAUUCACUGGAACUAUCCUUGACCAUCUAGUCAGCCCACUACAAGAAUGCAUGGAAGAAUGGAAGAAAAACGUUAUACAACUUGAUAAGGAACAUGCCAAAGAUUACAAGAGAGCCAAACAAGAAAUCAAGAAAUGUUCCUCAGACACUAUGCGACUCCAAAAAAAGGUCAAAAAAGGGAAGGCAGACAUGCAGCUUAGAUUGGAGGGCGCAAUGCAAGAUGUGAACGAGAAGUACAUCGCUCUUGAGGAACAAGAGAAGAAUGCGCUUCGGACAGCAUUGAUAGAAGAGAGGGCCAGAUUUUGCUUGUUUGUUUCGUGCUUAAAACCUUUCGUGGAUGAAGAGGUAGGCCUGCUGACAGAGGUUACACACCUUCAGGAGAUCAUGGACAGCCUGUGUAUGCAGGCAGACAGCCCCACCACCCUGCCCCCGUCCAGUGAGCAGGUCAUCAUGGACUUGAAGGGUGUCGAUGCCACAGCCUACACCUUCCAGAAAAAUAUUCCCAAGAUUUUGGUUGGGUCAAAGACCCCGCCCAGUUCCCCCAGCUCUCUGGGAUCCAGGAAGUCGAGCAUGUGCAGCAUCAACAGCCUCGCCAGCUCCAGUAGCGGGUCCGCGCAGUCCCACAGUCCGUGCCAUAACAAGAACAUACAACAGCACCACACACAAUUGCUAGGGUCCGGCGUACGGUUGACAAGCGUGUCGUCCCAGGACUCGGGUUUCACGUCACAAGACACGCUUUUCCUGCGCCCCACCACCCCCUCCUCACUUAGCCUUCAUACGCAGCAGACAGUUGAGGCAAGCCAAGAUGGGGACACUCCCGAAAUAGACUCCACCCCUUCGACACCGUCAGAGAACUACCCCAACACUCCCUCUGCGACCUCAACGUGGACAAACUGGCCAAACGCUCCAAACACUAGCGUCAAAACUGAGAACGGUCGUCCUCACACGAUUUCUUCAGCAUAUGAGAAAUCUCACACCAGACCGGCGUUGUCGUCGCAGCUGUUCGAGCCACCUCCACAACAGGGGUCGCUCCAGAAUCAGUCACAGAGCGAAGGUCAGAUCGAAGGUCAAGGUCAAGCUGAGCAGAGGUUGUUGAAGCGUGACAGGCCGCACAGCACUAUGACGAUGCCGUAUACACGGCCUGCUGCCCAGAUCAAUAAAAUGCAGCCUGUUCUCCCGCCACUCGGGCCGAAGCCGAAAUCGCGAGCUGUGGCUCCACCGAGAGUACCCUCUAUAGGAGAGCAACCAGUCUACGCCAACUUGAAUGAGUUAGCUGCUGCACAAUUGACUGGGGCCGACGCAGACAAAACGCCAACAGGUCGCGAACCCCCAAACAUUGGCGGCUCCACUGCACCAAAGCUGUUCGGAGAUAUAGACUUGAAUGCAGCAAUACGAGACCUUGACAAUUAUACGGCUGCACUGCACGGUGAUUUCACACCUGGCGACCGAAAAUCUAAGAUUGAACAGAACUCACUGGAGCUAGCGGCAGCCAUCAAAGAGCUUGAGGCCAACACUGCGGCCCUCGAGAGCAUGUACCCAGAGACGCAGGCUAGCCAGUCUUCUCUUCAUGCUUCAAGUGGGUAUGGAACAAUGAACAGUACCCCUGCGUCAUCGGAAGACCCAUUGGCCACUGGAGAUUUUGUCGACACCGGACAGAGUGACUAUCUCGCCCAGGAGCAGGGAAAAUAUAACACCAUACCAAGAAACAGUCCCGUAAUGAGGGCUGCAUUCCAGUUUAAACGGCCUGCAUCCACUAUUAUAGGAAUGCCAUCUUCAGCGUUGAGCCGUCGCAGUUCAAUGAACACGGCUAAACCCCCACCCCCUAUAAGACGAACCUCCUCCAUCACCCAGGCCCCGAAUCCCACAGUGUUGCAGAAAUUUCGAAACUCUCCCCCGCGGCAACUCAACAACCAGCCUCCCAGUGAAAACCAUAGCAACAGGGCGAUGCCAGUGGGUGGUAAUCCAAACGGGGCUCCUACCCAACAUAAUCAUCGCAGGAGUUUGAGUGCCAGUGGUGGCUCCGAACCAGAGCACGCUUACGCAGAGUUGACUGAAAUUCAGGCGAGUAUAAGGGCGCGACAGCAACAACAACAGCAACAAGGGCAGUAUCCAAGUGAAGGUCAAGGUCAUGGUAUCCAGGGUCAGGGCGGGUAUGGGGUCAUGUCAGCUCCUGUUACGCCCCAGUAUGCUCAACCAGUAACAGUGCCAGGGCAGAACCCCAUGAACAGUGCCAUUGUGAACAGUUUGAACGCCAGGUUCUCGGGUAUGAGUACCGGACAGCCGGCAGGGCAAGUGGGUCAGAUGGGCCAACAGUCACAGUACCAGUCUAGUUCUAACCCCGCUAGUGUUAGUGUUAAUAGUCAGACAAAGUACCAACAAGCACCCAGUCAGAACUCAACGAAAAUUGGUGGGGGUGGCGGUGCUGAUUUUCCUGAUCUGCCUCCGCCGCCUUCGGAAGAUGAACUCAAGCAAAUGGAACAAAUUUACAGUGUGCCAAAACAGAGCUAUCCGCAGGCUCAGUCGUAUAAUGCGGAGGUUUUGAACACUAGUAACUCUGUGCAAAUGCGUAAUCCAGCGUCCCAGUAUCAGGCCACACCGAUCGUUAAUCCAGGGGGAGGGGUGGACAUGCGUCAAUCUUUGAUAUCAGAACUAAAAGCUGGAAAUAGGUUAAGGAAAAUGUCUAACAGUGAAGGGGGAGCUAAUUGCUGAUGUUACCAUUGUGCUGUGUUUAAAAAAGUGUUGCCAUAGUAUUGUAAUUGCUUGUACAGAGAAAAAGUGGCACCUUCUUAUGUUUUGAUUUCGGCUUCAUUACUGCUUAAGGAGUGUUUGACAGUAAAAGAAAUGUUACAGCAAUGCUUCUGUUAUAACUUGCACAUUUUUCAACAACGUACAAGAAAAUGAAAAAGGUAUCUUUGUGUGUAGAAUUCCUGCAUUAGUUUAUGGUGCAGAAAUUUACAUCAUGAUAACAAUUAAGUCCACAGAUUUGGUCAGUUUUUGUAAGAAAUAUCCUUAGUUUUUUUCAAAGAUUGUAGAAUGUCUUUAUUAAAUAACUUACAAGUGUUGAAAUAAACAACACAUUAGACUUGGGAAGCAUGAUCAUAUAUAUAUACCGGCAUAAUAUUGUGCCUUUCAGUUAAUUUCUCCCUGUAAGAUUCUUGUGUGGUAUGGUUGACAUUGUCUUUUAUGGAUUUCUGAAUGGAAUUUUUAGUUAAAUGUCUAUGUGAUAAAUAACAUGUUGUAUAUUUGAAUGUAAAUAGCUAAUUCACUGUGUGAAUAUUUUUAUUAUCCUCAAUAUUUUAGAAUUACAUUGUUUAACAUGUAUGAUAGAUUGAAUUUCCAUCUUUUCAGGGCCUGUUUUCACCUACCAAUUUUUAGACUUAAGCCUAAACAUACGGGAUUUUCUUUAGAUUGUUUUUAUCUGAGUAUAAUACAGGUAGAUAUGACAUGGAAUUUAACACCUCUUACUACACAAUUCUCAAUUUAGAAAGUUAUUUUACUACGCAAACACCAUUUGUAGCCUACAUAUACAUGUAUUCCUAGCUGAACAUAUUUGUCUUGGUUCUGAGACUUCUUUAGUCUAAGAGUGGGCGGGUCAAUACGGGCCUGGUGGACUGUUCACAAAUCAUAUUUCAUUGAAAUCCAUAUGGAAUAUUUUUUGUUUUCAUUUGAAUAAUGUCUAUUUAACUUAAUUUUCAAGAUCAAGUUUUACUGAUUUUAUUGAGAUUUUAUUUUAAUUCUUUUAGUUGUGUUUGUAGUUUGGUUUGUUCGUCAAUAUACAUACCAAGUCUUCGAAUGAUCUAUUGUAUUAAUUUAACCAAACUUAGUUUCAAUCACUCUUUUAAUCACCCAUUUAAUGUAUUUUCUAUUCAAACAUAGCUUUGACCAAUCAUGGAAAGUACUCCGGUGUCUUUGAAAGUAGUGGUAGCUGUCUAUACACUUCAAUACUUAUUAUGCUGUCUUGGCCACAGGUGUUGGGCGUGUGGGUAAAUUCUCUGAAACACUAUCAGUAUGUCAUAAAACAAAAAUUUUCAUCACUUUGACCAAAAAAAUAUUUGUGAUAUAUUAUAUCAGAUAGUGCUGCAACAAUAUACCGGUUUAUCAGUAUUUAUCGCAAUACGCAAUCCGCAUAUUGUAUUGCGAUACAAUUUCCAUCAUACCGGUACGAAAAUUAUACAAAAAUUCAUUCACAUUUUGUCCAGAAAAGCCACCCGAAAUAAUGAUAUUAAGGUAAACAAAUCGGUGUUUAGUAAAAAUAAAUUGUUACGUACAAAUAGCAUUCUAAAAAGUCUAUUAUACGAAGUAGCGUUGUUACAUGGGAGUCCGCAAGAUCUGCUUUUGCAUGUCAUACUGUUACAUUUAAGAUGAAGCUCAUGGAAAUACUAAAAACAAAUAAUUAAAUAAGAAAAAUAUAAAUUGAUGUUAUUAUAAACAGAAGUAAUAAUGAUCAAAAAAUGUUUUCCUUACGGCAUUCUGAUAAGUUACAUGACGGGCUUUUAAACAUCCACAAUUCUCUUUCGGGUUAUUAUUCUUCAGUCUUGUCGGCUUUUAGAAUAGUUCAGAAUUGCAGACGAAAUGAUUGCCGAGUUUGACUUUAUAGACUUUAUAGUUUGAAUUAAACAGUAAUGACUUGGUCAUGUUGUACAUGUAGCAUAUUUAAAAUUAAUUAAUGUUAAUGUCCCAGAGAUUUAUUGUAUAAACUAUCCAGUAUACAGUACACAAUUGCACACCAUUUUUAAUAUCUAAUGAAAAUAUAUCCAUUGGACAAAAUGAAAUACUAAUUUUUCAUAACAAAAUGCUUUGUAAAGCCAAAAACAAGUUAAUUGUGUAAAUAAAGCAUUUUGUAAAAAAGGCUAGAUUUGCAAUAUGAUAUAACAAGAACUUAACACACAUUACAAAGGUUAUGUUCAUGUAAUUUAGUUGGUUUUGGCGAUUAGCUGGCCAGUUAUAAUUCUGGUUCAAGUAGGCAAUAUAUUGCAAUAUGGGCUUUUGAGCUGACAAUAUAUUGCAAUAUGGUUUAUGGGGUAUUGUUGCAGCACUAAUAUCAGAAUUAUUUUUUUAGGUCAAAAAGUGAUAAAAGUUUUUUUAAUGACAAAGUGAUAAUGUUUCAAUGAAUUGGCCCCGCGCCCAACACCUUUGGUCAUGGCAUUAUUACUGUUUUAGGCACAAGCCUGGUCAGGCUACUAGCUUAGAAAUUGCACUUGCAUGAAUCGGUUUUAAAUAGCCAGAACUAUAAGAACAAAACUAAUAAUUCUGUAACAAUUGUCGCUAUUAAUGGGUUGUUAAAACAAAUUUAACCUAUGCUGACAGCACAAGCUGAUCUGGGAUUAUUGUCACUAGAUUCAGUUUUCUAUUUUUUGAUAUCAAUAUCUUACACUAGAUAAAACAAUGAAUAGAGUUGUAGAGUCAGUUGGGUGGAAGACUGUUUACAUUAUAAUUAACAUCAUUGAUCUCAGAAGAAUGAUGGGGUUUAAUAGAAAAGAAAUCACUGCAAUUUUGAAUUUAGUUUUUGUAAAUUCUUAAUUUACCCUUAUUAUUAAUAAUAUAUAGGCUCCACAAUUUUCUGUAGUUUUUUUCUGUUUGUUUUGUGCACAAUGUCAAUACUAGAAUAGUAAGUGCCUACAUCACAACAUGUAUAUGAGCCGCGCUGUAUGAAAAGGGGUUUGAAUGCAUGUGUGUAAAGUGUCGUCCCAGAUUAGCCUGUGCAGUCUGCACCGGCUAAUCAAGGACAACACUUUCUGCCUUAACUGGAUUUUCAUCAAGAAGAGUCUUUAUUCAAACCAAAAAUUCCAUAAAAGAGGAAAGUGUCAUCCCUGAUUAGCCUGUGCAGACUGCACAGGCUAAUAUGGGACGACACUUUGCGCACAUGCAUUUAGCCCCGUUUUCUCAGAGCAAGGCUCAUCUUGGUUAACUUGGUUGAUAACUAUUAGACUGUUAGUUACUUGAAACUUACCAGUAAACCCUGAGAUUCUCAUAAUACCAGACAUUGCUGAAAAUUGUCCAGGUUUUUUGUCACCCCAUGUUCUGACCAUUUCCUUCAUUCAUGUGAAUACAAUUCAUUAAAGUGUUUCUGUUACUUAGUAACAUUAAAAAUCUUUAAAAAAAACUUAUAAAGUUUUUUUUUAUUGAAGCAUUUAUUCAUGUUGGUAAUUCAAAUUGGUUUGAUGCUAUAGACGGAAUCUCAAUCUAUUCAUUGUAAGCUUCACCCGUAUCUUAUCUAUUCAAGUUCAAAAUCUAUAUAUUCAGAUUUUAACAUUAAUAUGAUGGUCUCAUGUAUUGCUCACUUUCGUUUUCAUAAGUUUUGCUUGUAUGAAGAGAAAAACCAAAAGUGUUAAAAGUGAAUUCUGUUAUUGGAUAACAAUUGCUUGACAUGGAGAUUAAUAAAUAUAUAACACUUACGUUGUAUUCUUAAUGUUGUCAUCGUCAAAAAAUAAUAAUUCACAUAGUAUUUCCAUUGUUAUAACACCUCUUUGUGUUUCUUAACGUUCAAAGAUUGACUCGCUUAAACAACUUAAGAUAAUAUUUGUAAUAUUAGCACAUCUAUUUAAUACAUUUUAAUAUUAAAAAAUAUAUAAUUAUUUUACAAAGUGCAUGCUUUAAUAAUGAUUGUUUUGAAACUAUAACCUUGUUUUGAGUCAUUUUCAUCACAUUUUCAUCAAAUAUUUCAUCAUAAGGGGCAGGAGGCAUUCAUAUUUGAUGUGCUAUUUUAAAUACUUUUGACUUUAUUUUUUACCUUAAAGGUUAAUGUUUUUUUUACUGAAAAAAAGCUGUAUUUUGUUUAGAUAGAUUAUAUAAAGUUACAUAUAAAUUUGAACCAAAUUUUUGAUAGAUUGCCAAGUUUGAUAGAAGUUUUAAAAUGUUUGUCAUCUUAACCCUUUGAGCGCUGGAACCAGAUUUUGAAGGCUUUUGCAAACAGUUUGGAUCCAGAUGAGACGCCACAGAAUGUGGCGUCUCAUCAGGAUCCAAAUUGUUUGCUAUUCUGAUAGUAUUCUUUGAAAAAAAGUGAAGAAAAUGAUGAUUUUAGAAAUUCAGCAGACGACAUUUUAGCAGAUGACAAAUUUCCCAGCAUACAAAGGGUUAAGACACGAGUCUUUGUGGAUAAUCGCCCCAUCCCCGUUAUGUGGUGCAAACAGAGUGCAAUGAUUAUAGCUUGUAAUACCAUGUUUGUUGAGUACAUGUUUGUUUGGAGAGGUUCUGCAGUUGUAUAUUUUUAGGUUCAUUUGUGGUAAUGAGUAAGAAAUUCAUUGCAAGGUUUGUUCAUUGCUCGUUGUUGGAAUGAUAGAUUAAAUUGUUGUUAAAUUAUCAGUUUUGAUUGUACAUGUUAAGUGUUUGAUUAAUAAAUAACAAAUAACAAACUUACAAUAUAUAAUAUAAAUUAUCAAUAUAUUUUGCCUGACACUGCAAAUACAGUCUCUUUAUGUCCACUGUUACAUUAUAAUCCACCAAUAAACAAAUUUUUAUGAACUUUUUAAUUGAAACUGUUCCAUUAAUUAUUAAGUUUCAUAUGUAAAUAAGUUGAUUUUAAAAUGCUACUCUUGAUGGUUUGAAAUUACUUUAAGUUUUUAAAUAAAUAAUUAUUUAUUUUCAUAUAUCUCUCUCUGUCUAACAUAUGGUGUAGAAAAUUAGUGUCAAUCUGGUUAUUCGAAACAAAUUACAUUUUUUCCCAAAAUUUGAUAGGAAAUAAUACACCUGCAUUGAAGUGUUAUUUUACUCGUUUGUUUUUAUGAGUGUGAAAGGUGUGUGAGUAUAUGAGUAACCUCAUCUACUGGUGAUAGUGGAAAAUCUUGUAAAUAAACGCAGAUAAAUGUG